UGUGUGCUGUGUCAAUCACGAGUGGCCUCAACGAGUUGCUUUGAGCGGAAAUUAUGACCGACAAGAAGAAUCUCCUGUUGCUCUUCGACCGGCCCCAGGAGCCGGUGUUCGUGGAGAAGGGCGAGCGGAAGACGGUGUUCGACGUGCCCGACAAUUAUCUCUCCGAUCAAUACCGUGACAUUGGCACUGAGCUGCAGAAUCGCUUCGGCGAGGCGGCGGAGAAUCGGAUUCCCGUGAGGAACAUCUCGCUGCCGGACCUGCGGGUUCCAAUGACUCUGGGCCGUCACGAGCAGUUCUCUCUCUUCAUCCCGUCCCAUCGCGUCUACGCCGGACGCCUAAUCGACAUCUUUCUGGGAAUGCGAAGUGUCGAUGACUUGCUGAGCGUGGCGGUUUAUGCUCGUGACCGCUUGAAUCCCUAUCUCUUCCACUAUGCUCUCUCCGUGGCUCUGCUGCACCGGCCGGACACUAAGGACCUCCCGAUCCCCAACUUCAUGGAGACCUUCCCGGACAAGUUCAUGGACAGCAAGGUGUUCGCCUCGGUGCGCGAGGAGGCUGCGAUUGUCCCUGUUGGCUCUCGGCGCCCGAUUGUGAUUCCCAGAGAUUACACGGCGUCGGACUUGGAGGAGGAGCACAGGCUGUGGUACUUCCGCGAGGACAUCGGCAUCAACUUGCACCACUGGCACUGGCACUUGGUGUAUCCCUUCGAGGCCAACACGCGCGCCGUUGUGGCCAAGGACAGGCGCGGAGAGCUCUUCUACUACAUGCACCAGCAAAUUGUGGCGCGCUACAACUUCGAGCGGCUGUGCAACAGGCUGAAGAGGGUGGAGAGACUCAACAAUCUGAGGGAGCCUAUCAAGGAGGGCUACUUCCCGAAGAUGGACUCUCUGGUGUCCAGUCGACAGUGGCCAGGAAGAGCCGCCAACACGAAGCUGAGGGAUCUGAAUCGCGGUCUGGAUCAGAUCAAUAUGGAUUUGGGCACUUUGGAGCGCUGGCGCGACAGAUUCUUCGAAGCCAUCCAUCAGGGCUUCAUUGUCGAUCCGCAGGGCACGAGGAUUCCCCUGGAUGACAAUCGUGGCAUCGAUGUCCUCGGCAAUGUGAUGGAAGCGAGCAUUCUCUCGCCCAAUCGCCAGCUUUACGGCGAUCUGCACAACAUGGGACACGUGUUCAUCAGCUACGCGCACGAUCCUGACCAUCGCCACCUGGAGUCCUUCGGCGUGAUGGGAGAUGCCACCACGGCCAUGCGCGAUCCUGUCUUCUACAAGUGGCACAGCUACAUCGACGACAUCUUCCAGGAGCACAAGAACAGACUUCCGCCCUACUCUGAGGCCGAGCUCACGUAUCCCAACGUCCAGAUCACCAAUGUCACAGUGCAAAAUGACAAAGGCGGCAAAACUAAUGAGCUCCGCACUUUCUUCAUGCAAAGCGACGUAAAUCUCUCGCGCGGUUUGGACUUCACUCCACGUGGAGAUGUCCUUGCCAGAUUCACACAUUUGAACCACGAGAACUUCACGUACACCAUCACUAUCAAUAACGCCAAUAAUGCUCAGAUUCUGGCAACUGCACGCAUUUUCAUUUCGCCCAAAUUUGAUGAGCGCGGCAGUGAAAUGAGCUUCAGGGAAGUGCGCCACGCCAUGAUUGAGUUGGAUAGAUUUGUCAUUGCAUGUCGUCCCGGAUCCAAUACAAUCAGGCGUCGCUCCACGGAGUCCAACGUCACAAUUCCCUUCGAGAGGACCUUCCGCAAUCUGGACAAUCGUCCGACCGGGGCGGACGCCGAGGCGCAGUUCACGUUCUGCGGUUGCGGUUGGCCGCAGCACAUGCUCAUCCCCAAGGGUGUGCCCGAGGGCAUGCCGUGCAACCUGUUCGUGAUGCUGACCAAUUACGAGGAGGACCGCGUGGAGCAGGACCUCGUGGGCACCUGCAAUGACGCCUUCUCCUUCUGCGGCGUCCGCGAUCGUCUCUACCCCGAUCGGCGCCCCAUGGGCUUCCCCUUCGAUCGCCUGCCGCGCCAGGGCAGCGAUCGCCUCAACACCUUCCUCACGCCCAACAUGUUCACCGCCAAUGUCAGCAUCUUCUCCAACGACGCUCUUCCCCAGCAAUCCAACCGCACGUAGGAAAAACGAUGAACUUUGCCUGAGAAAUGCGAAUCCCUUUAUAACAACUUAACUCUUUUGCACAAAUAAAAUACUUCCA